AUGGCCAUAAGCCUUAGCUGGCCAAAACUCUUUUGUUUGCUCUCUCUCUCCUUUCUGCCGGUCUUGUGCGCGGCAGCCUCGACGAAAGGGUCGAGUUUACAGCACGAGGAGAAAGUGGUGCACGAUGAUGACUUUGUGGUGGCCCUGGGAUCGUCGACCACCCGACUCACGUUGGCGCAAAGCACGCGGUCGUACCGUGCCGGCAUGCGCACGCUCAUCAUGACGGACAACGAAACAAUGGUGCCCCAUCUGAACAAGGUGUACGGCAAGUACCGCGAGGUGUACGAGUAUUUUCCCGACGAGGACGUCCCGGACGUCAGGAAAUGGCACGCCAAGAACCCCGGAGAUUACCGCGCAGCUGUGGCGCCCUUCGCUGCGCACCGCCAAUUCGGGGACAAAUACAAGUGGAUGCUCUAUGGUGACGAUGACACCGUCUUCUUCAUGCCCGGGGUUCGAAAGCUUGUGGCACAAUUUGACCACAACCUGCCUAUCGCGCUGAGCGACAACUUGUGGCACGACUCCAGCCACCCACGCCUGGAGGCAGUUCGCUGCUUGCCCUGCGGUUUCAACACCUCCCUUCUUCGCGUCCCAUCCGCCAAGAACACUACCGACGGCACCCCCGCCGCCGCCAACUACACGCCGCGUCCCGCAUGUCCUUUCUGCACCCCUGUCGAUGCCUGCCCGCCCUGGAAACCCGAAUGCAAGGGCGGCGGCGGCGCGCACGGUGGCGCCGGCAUAAUCUUAUCUGUGGGCCUUAUGCGCAAGCUGCUGUACGACGACGCGAUAGCAUGCAUGGAAAGCAUUUUCCACUGCAGUGGCGGUGAUUGCCUCGUGUCACGGUGCAUCUGGAGAGCGGGGUAUGGCUUUACAGAUCCAGGUCUGUCACUGAUGUACGACGAUCCGUACGAUCAUAUUCUAUUCGACAGCCUAGCCAGUCGCUGGUUCCUCCACCACCCCAUUGAGCAGAUUUACCUAGGAAAUUGCGUAAGCGAUAUCUGUUCCUACCUGGUUCGCAACGUCGUCAGCUUCCACCUGCGGGGCAAGUCCUACCCCAGCUACCCCAAGGCCGCUGCGGCCAUGUACGGCCUCGUGGAGUCCCACGCCGCCGCCUUGGAUUUCCUGAACGUUCUCGAAGACACGGAGAGCCGGCCGCCGCCUGUGCCGGGGUCAUACGCGGCCAAGGUGGACGCAGCUGUGGAGGCAUCGGUGGAGGGUGAGGGCGAGGAGGGUGAGGAGGGUGAGGGUGAGGAGCGUGAGGGUCAGGGUGAAGGCAGUUUCCUUCCGGAGCCGAUUCUCAGACCGCAGCCGAAACAGAAUCCGAACUCCAAAAGGAAGGCGGAGUAUGACCCUCAUGCUCACGACGUGCAAAGGCUAUGCGGAGCACCUUCCGACCUUGCGGACAAGCCUAACAGGAAGACGUAUCGUGCUCGUAGCCAACCGUAA